AUGAAACCAGUCCUGGUAAAGCUGACAGGACUACGAAAAAAUUCUGUUUCUCCGGAUGCCAGUCAGCAGUCCAACCUGGAGCUGAAAGCAUGGGUGGCCAACAUAAAAGUUAUUUGGGAACUCCGUCGAGUGCUGGCUGUUCUGAAUCCUCAAAGGUUGAAGUUGGAUGUCAAGAAAGUUCUCCACCAAAGCAGAAAGGAGUGGUACAUCCUGAUGAGAAGCUACGGACUGACAGAAGAUGAAGCUUUGUUCCUGAACAGAGCUAGCCUGGCUGCCCAAGGGAAACAACCGGGUCCCUAUACGCAUGAAGAGCACGGUGUCCCUACGGAGACUGUGUUAGCCAUUGCUGCUGAUGGGGCACUGUACAGGAAGCAGUCCAAGGAGCGUGAACAUUACCAGCAGUUCAUAAAUUCUCUGGUUGCUGCAGUGCUCCCUGCUGACAAGCAGGCAGUGGCGGAUGCUGAGCUGGAAGAGGUUGUGGCAUCGACUCGUGGGUGCCGGAAUGAGCCGAGAUGCUGCCACCAGGCAACAGUGAUGUCGAUCAGCUCGGAUGCCAAGCGGCUGGGGAACCCUGCUGAAGAAGUGACGAUCUUCGCUGCCUGGAGUGCUGAUGGCGAUUGCUCAGCAUGGCUGCCGCCCAUGGUAUCCAAAGACUUUCAUGCUGGCCCUGCUGUCGAUGCUGAUGAUGUGGUCCAGGCCUACCAGGAAAACUACGCGAAGCACACAGAAAGAUUCUUCGAGCAACCAUUGCCCGAAGAUUCUGAGAUGCACAAGAAGCGCAAGGCACUGCAGCCUUUGAAAAAGGCACUGGUUCCGAACAAGGAGCAGCUCGUUAUGCUUGACAAGACCCUGAGAAAGGGUGUCGGAUGGGGCUUGGCCGUGCAUGAGCUGAAAGCACCCCUCCUGAUCAACUUUGUGGACCAGGGCUCUGCAGCCUGGCCUGGCCGGUGCCACAGCCUCGUCGAAUGGUUGGAUGUUGUCCAUAGAAGAGACAACAAUGUCAAAUUGACCUUCAAACAAGCUGGCCUGAAUGCUUUGAAGAUCGAGGCCCUGCUGGUUUUGAACCUGAUGGCGGGCCCCUGGCAAGGGGCAGGUAACCUCGGAAAACUUCAUGGAGCCAUGGAGCAAUUCCUCUCGACACAAUCACCUGAACAUCCGCUAUUUCAGGCCUGUUACCCAUUUCUCACUGAGACCAAGCACAUGAAUGUUUUUCCUUUCAACUAUGGUUCACCUGAGCACCAACAAGAAGUCUGGGAAUGGCUGAGGACUCUUCCCAUCUGGUUCCAGAAGUAUGAGGUGGUGAAGACUGGAAGGUGGCACAACUUCACCGCAAAAAGCAGCCGCCUCGAAAAAUACAGUGGAGCUGUCUUCUUUGCCAUACUGGUCUUCGGUUUUGCUGAACAAUGGUACAAGAGCAUUUAUGAUACCCCACUCGGUGGUGCAUCGUUCAGCAAUAUCAUGGUGGAAGAUGAUGAUGGUGAUGACGACGGCAAUGCUGCAGCUGCUUCAUCCUCAUCAAAGGCACCACCACAUCAUGAUCCAGCCCCAGCUGGUAUGAAACAGUCUGAAGCGCAAUUUCAAAGGACGAAGCUGAGCAAGAAGUUCAAAAGCAACCUGCAGAUGUGCCUUUGGUGGCUGGGUGACAGGCAAACGAAGGCCUUUACUGAGCCGGAUGGUGUCCUGAACUGGCAUAUUCAGACUUCCCUGGGCAGUUUCAUGACUGAGUAUCUUUCCAGUGUCCUUGAGACACUUUGUGAUGCAGAACUGCUGACCCGAAUUGGGUUCUCGAGGGAGGCGCUGAAUGGGGAUGCCAAGGAAGAUGAAUACCUGGCUAAUACAAUGACACAACUUGCAUGCAAGAUGUAUUACCAGGAGUGGGUCUGCAUGCAGCUGUACUGCCACCGACCCCCAUACUGCUUCGCAAAGCUGAUUUCCCGGAAGCCUGAGGAAGCUCGGGCUGCUCUGAUGGAGAUGAAAGCCUUGUGGGAUCAGUUGACAAAUGCUGAGGCAGUGGCACUUUGUGACAGCUGGCUGAAGAACUUCCUGGAGAGCCUUCUCUGGCCAAGAUCGAGCUUCUGUCGUGAAAUUCUGAUCUCCCUCGCUGAAAUGGACUUCGAAGAGCUCCCUUCUGAUGUUUCUGACAAGCUGGAGAAGGUUUUCCGAUCCCUUGCCACGUCCAGGGUCUGUGAACAGGCGUUCAAAUGUCUCACAGACGAUGUCCGUGCCAGCACCAAUUCUGGACAGCUGACUCGAAUGGGCCGGUGGAACCGGCUUAUUCACACGUCAGUUUUGACGGAGAACGGCCGCUGCCAGAUAUCACCGACUAUUUCACAUGUGAAACCCGGUGCUGACUUGAAAGUCAACAACUCGCUGAGUGAGGCAUCUGACAAGUACUGCAGUUUGGGGGCCAAGUUUCUGAAAGACAUGGUCAGUCAGAAGGAGACGUUUGGAGUCACAUCCUACAACCAAGGCGGCCUUGCGACCCUUUGUUUGCUGAGUUCCAGGAAUUUUUCAGCAAUGAGACAAGGGUAUCUUGCUUUGUUGGCAAUGCCUGGUUACCUUCUGUGGCGUCCUGACCUCGGACAGCGUGCCUACUGGGUGGUUGGCACCAGUAUUUAUGGGGUGCUGGUGGUACAGCUCGAGCGCUUUGAGACUGAGACUGGGCCUGUUUUUGUUUUGGCAGACAGAGCAGCAGAGCACCCUCAGCUGCUUGCCAUCACAAACCCAAGUGGGUGGAAGUCUUGCGCACUGAAAGCUGUACCCCCCAUGCUGAUGCCUUCAUCUCUGCAUGGCCGAGUCGGACUCCGUACCGAUGGCUUGCUGAAAGCAGCCGCCAAAGUUGGCUUUCCUGGAAUGACGCUGGCGCAGCUGGUCAUGCUGACGGACUACUUGGCGGUGGACAAAGGCACGAAGCCCAAGCUGAUGGUGGACUACUUGUUCAUCCUGUGCAAAUUCCUCAUUGCUGAGCUGACCACUUCGGAGUUUCAGGACAUUUUGUCCAAACGCGGCUCUCAGCAGAAGGCACCUUCUUUUUUGGAUGCCAACUCCGAAAUAGCAGCUGAGGGAUUGGACCAGCAGGAAAUGGAGGAACUCGAGGACUACAUCAAAGAGUCCAAAGCUUGGAAGCAACCACCGAAGGUCGCCGCGAAGGCGAAAGCCAAGACGACAAGGAAGAAGGCAAUGCCUCUUUUGAACAAGGCUUCUCUGACCUUAGCUGAUGUGCAGGGGUACAUUCCUGAAGUUGCCGGCUGUUCUCUGAGCAGGGAGACAACCUGGCAUCACAGAUUCAAGGUUUGCUAUCCGCGGGACUUUCCCCCUUUCUCGUUUUCCUGCACUUAUACUGCUGAGAAAGGCAGCAUGCGUUCCGCUGCAAUAGCCUGCAUCAGGUGGGCUUGGAAGGAGCACGAGGCUGCAACGGGCACGCCGUGUCCAUAUGCAAUGCCUGACGUGCAAGCUGUCGACGACAUCGACCUCACCGUGGACUACCACUUCCACGGUCGAUACUUCAGUGGCCAGAGCGGCUCUCAUGGGCUUGAUCGACAGGGGCUGAAUACACCGCUCUUCGUCAGCGGGAACCGGUGUGGCAACUUGCAGGAUGCCAGGCUCAUGGCCAAAGGGCAAACAAUCGUAAAGCCGGAUUCUGCGCCAGGCUCGAAGAAUACUCAUCACAAGGAGCAUUGUGGCAAACGAUGUGGAAGUUUGUUUGUGUCGCUGGCGAAUCUUUGGGGUGACAAGAAGGCCUCCGGCGCCGCAACUUUCUGCAUCCCGCUCCGGCAGACGCCCCUUCCGGGCUUCGGUCGGGCGCAGGUGGGUCGCCAGCCACCGGCAGCCGACAAGGCGCGGACAGCCCUCCAGAACAGUGUCGAAGAGGCCGAAGUGGUCGAAGAGUCCUCUUCCAAAGCGACUGUGCUCAGCACUGCCGUGAGUCUUGCUAAGAGCAUGUUGGGCAGCGGAGCUCUUUCCCUUUCAGCGGGUGUCGCGGCCUUCACGAACACCUCCCAAGGGCUGCUGGUGGCCACUGCUAUCAUCCUGGGCAUGACAGUGCUGUCUGCUUAUACUUUCCAGAUGGUGGCAGAAGUCAGCGCAGAUACAGGGGCAGACGACCUCGGUGCUGCCUGGAAGACAAGUUUCGGCAAGUGGGCCUUCCUCCCACGGCUGGCGGUGGGCACUCUUUCCGGCAUCAGUUGCACGGUUUACGCCAUGAUCCUUGGCGACCUCCUGACUCAGUUUGUUCAGUCCUUCCUGACUGCCGUCCCUUCGCUAGGAGCCUUGAAGCUGUACUGCAGCCGAGCUCCCGUUCUGAUCAGCCUCACCGUGUGCGUUCUGCUCCCAAUGUGCCUGGCAGAAGACUUCUCGAGCUUGGCCUUCACUUCAAUGCUGGGUCUUGCUGCUUGCGUCUACUUGUCGGCAUUCUGUGCGCUGCGUGCGCUGGAUGGCAGCUACCUCAGGGGAGGUAAAUUCUUCCGUGCUGCACCUUUUGCGCCGAUGGCCCUGAUCAGCGCAAGCCAUCUAUCGGAUGCCGUGAACCCUCGAGUCCUGGUCUUCUUAUCGAACAUCAGUACAGCGUACAUGAACCACGGGAUGGCACCGGCAACAUACCAGGAGCUGGUCCAGAGCGGCAGCUCCAAGAAAAGCAACCUUCGGCGCUAUGCGCUUGCCGUUACUCUCGCCUUUAUCAUCACUGGCGGCGUUUGCACCUCUUUGAUGGCCGCCGGCUUCUUCACCUUCGGCGCGAACACCCAAGGUCUGCUUUUGGCGAACUACGCCACCCGCGACCUUGCAGCUUCGCUUGGAAAGAUGGGGGUAAUGAUCAGCAUUCUCUGUGGAUUUCCUCUCAACUUCAUGCUGCUGAAAUCGGAGGUCGUGGCCAUGGCCAAGAAAAAAGGCUUCUCAAUGGACAAGCCGGCGGUGCGCUGGCUGACCGUGGCCCUGCUGACUGUUACCACUGGACUCGCCUUGGUAUUGAAGGAUUUGGGGAAGGUGCAAGCAGUCACCGGUGCAACUAUGGGAAGUUUCAUUGUCUUCGUGGCCCCGGCAUUGAUGUCUCGAGGUCUUCGCCGACAGCGCGGCGGCAAGGCCCCAGGGCGUGCCGUGCAGGAAGUUGUCCUGGUGAUGUGCGGCUUCCUUCUAGGGAGCCUCGGGGUGUUCCUGAGUAUCACAAGGAAGUGA